AGUUUUCCCCUCCUGGAUUUCUGGGGAAGAGCAAAACCAUGAAGUCUUUGGCCGCCGCCGGUUUGCCCGGAGGAGCGAACGCCUCCCCUUUCCGUCCCCAAAUCCCCAAAUCGCCUCCAUGUCUCAUUUCUCCACCUCCUCCUCAUCCCCUCUUCCGAACCCACGACUUUGGUGGAGAGCGCCGCGGGGCUAUUUCCCGGAGACGGCUCUCCGCCUCUUCCUCCGAUGGGCCCAUCGCUGCCUCCUCCUCCAAUCCUCCGGUGGCGUCCACCGCCGCUGGGCCUUCGUCUCCGGGGCUCUACUCGGCCAAGGUGUUCGAGCUGUCGGCGGAGAACGUGAACUUGGUCCUGGAGGACGUCCGCCCCUACCUCAUCGCCGAUGGAGGGAACGUGGACGUGGUCUCCGUCGAAGAUGGAGUCAUCUCUCUCGAGCUCCAAGGAGCCUGUGGAAGCUGUCCUAGCUCAACAACAACCAUGAAGAUGGGGAUUGAGCGGGUGUUGAAGGAGAAAUUUGGGGGAGCAAUUAAAGAUAUACGACAAGUUUCUGAUGACUUGCAAAAUGAAACUACAGUUGAGGCUGUAAAUAACCAUUUGGAGAUACUAAGACCAGCUAUAAAAAACUAUGGUGGGAGUGUGGAAGUGAUUUCUGUGGAAGGUGGAGAUUGCAAUGUCAGGUAUGUAGGCCCUGAUUCCAUUGGAACUGGGAUCAAAGCAGCUAUCAAGGAAAAAUUUCCAGACAUUGUUAAUGUAGUAUUUAGCGGCUAGUUCUCAAUCACUGGAAGCUUCUAAAGCUUGGAAAAUUUUUAGAAAACCACAGCAGUGGUUUAUAAGGUUGCUUCUUGUUGCUUUGAAUUGAUAAAGUCAAAUGUAACAAAAUCAUAUAGAUAUGCAUGUAUGGUCUUCUUGCAAACUGGCACAUGUAAUUUACAUAUGAUAAAAUUAAUGAUAUUUAAAAUAAGGUGCUACUUGAUUA